GGGAAAUCAUCUUCUUCACCACACAUUGUAUACUUAUUCUAUAAAACCCAUUACAUAGUUUGAUGUUGAGAUAUUUUUUAAAAUACCAUAGACGCGUGCAGAUCUUAGAUGUAGUGUUUUUUUUUUGUGCGACAUUUCUUUUGGAUUAACACAAUGCGCGUGCAACAGAUAAUUGUUGCAGUUGUUUGCAUCAUUGCAUUGCAACAAGUAAAUGCUGUUGUCAAUGGUGGCUCGUCAAAAUCAGAAGAAACCAAAACCGCCGUGGAAAGUUCUGAAUCCACGAAAGAUUCAGCAAGUUCACCCGUAGCCGAUUCAGUAGCAGCCAGUUCGGAUGAGUCAUCGAAUAGAAGGGAGGCUUCCUUGGGGCUGGCCGAAGCUUAUGGAGUCCCCUCAGCUUCGGACAACUACCUGCCGUCUGGCGGUGGUAAUGUAAACUUGCCGGUGCCAGUUUACGGAGUGCCCGACGCUCCUUCGAACAAUAUCGUUUAUCCAGCUCCGCCAGCUGACAUUCCUCCGCCAGUUUCUUUGCCAUUACAAACUUAUGGACUUCCUCAGCCAGUACUCACCUUACCUCAAAACAGUUAUGGGCCACCUGCACCUACAGGAAUUGGUUCAUUGUCUGCCGGUUAUGGCGCUCCAGCGACCUCAAGCAUUGGAUCACUAUCAGCGGCUUAUGGAGCCCCUUUGAAAACUUACGGUCCUCCAGCUCCGACCUAUGGAGCUCCCACAAAAUACCAUAUUCCACGUCAUAAGCCCAAGCAUUCCUACGGACCUCCAAGACCGCACUAUGGCCCCCCUAGCAAACCCCUUUUUGCCCCCAAAAAACACUUCUCCAAAGGCCCUAGACCUCAUUUCAAAGACAAUUAUAGCUCCUCAAAACUAAACUUCAACUUUAAUAACAACUAUCUUUCUCAGGGUCAUUCGCAUGGUCAUUCUAACAGCCAUAUCUCCUCUCAAUAUGGUGCUCCACUUGACACCAGUCUAUUAUCCGUCGGCUUUGGAGCUUCCGAAGCAGGAAGUACUUCACUUCUUGGAUCCCAUUCAUCUCAUGGAUCCCAUUCAUCCCAUGGAUCACAUUUAUCCAGUCAAAUUUCCUCUCAGUACGGUGUUCCAUCACUUGGCCUUUCAACAGGUCAUGGAGUUUCUAGUCAGUACGGCAUCCCAGAUUUAAGCCAAACAAUUCAUACUAACGCUCACUACGGCCCACCAGAACCUUCUUCAAACCCCCAACCUCCACAUCCAGGCGCGCCAGCUCCCCCAACACCUCCAGAGGUUAAGUAUGAUGGAUGGGUGCCGAUUCCAGGUUUGGUUUCUAGAAGACCGCAAGAUACCUACGGAGUGCCUUCUUCGGGUAAUCACUUAGCUGGAGAUAUUAGCUACAACACCGAUUUAAGUCCACCACCAGUACUUGGAGGACAUGCAGGAUUGGAAGGACACGGAGGCGAUCUUGGUUUGACAGCUGGAGGUCACGAUGGCGGAGCUGACAUUGGACAUGCGGCCUCUUUAGCUCUUUCAAACAGUCUUAAACAAAACACAAUAAGCGAUUCAUAUGGAGCUCCAUUGAAUACAGUCACUGGUUCUGGAGGUAUUGUCGCUGCAUCAGGAGAUGAUAUUCAUAGUCAAAGUCAUAGCCAAAGCCAUGGUCACGGUCAUCUUGAUUUAUCGCACGGUCAAGGUCAUCAAGAUUUAUCAGGAAGCCUUGCCUUAGGAUUAUCUGGGCUUGGACUUGGUCAAAAUACGCAAGUUCAAGCAACUAAGAGCAUUGGCUAUGAAAUUUUCCAUAAUGGGGGCACAGCGAGCCAUGCCCUGAUUUCUGACGGACAUUCCGGGCAUUCUUCUUUAUCUGGAGGGCAAGGAUUCUCAUCUGAGGGCCAUGGAUCAUUAUCUGCAGGUCAUGGGUCCUUUUCUGGAGGUCAUGGCUCAUUAUCUUUAGGCCACAACUCAUUUUCUGGAGGUCACGGCUCAACAUCUGGAGGCCACGGCUCAAUAUCUGGAGGCCACGGUUCAAUAUCCGGAGGCCACGGCUCAUUGUCCGGAGGUCACUCCUCAAUUUCUGACUCUUAUGGAGCUCCCCCACCAAACUCCUAUUCACCAACAGGGCCUUAUGCUGCAGCUCACUCAUACAGCAAUCAAGGAUUAUCUUUGGGAGGAUCCUCGUUUAACUCUCACAGCUCUCACAACUCUCAUCACUCACAUGGUGCCUUUAACUCUCACAGAGGCUACAAAGGAUUGUCUUUAUCAUCAUCUGGAAUUGGUUUGAUUCCUCCAAGUGGUGUAUACGGAGCCCCAAGUGGCCAACAUGGCACACCAUUAUUCUCAGGUCCAAAGAACAAACCUGGCAAGCAUGGUUUUGGAGGAUUUGGAGGUGGAUUAAGCUACUCUGGAGGUGGUUUCGGCCAUGGAAGCAGCCUAAGUCAUUCUGGAAGUGGUUUAAGUCAUGGAAGUAGCUUAAGUCAUUCUGGAGGUAGCUUAAGUCAUUCUGUGGGUAGUUUAAGCCUUUCUGGAAGCGGAUUAGGCCUUUCUGGCAGCUCGUAUUUACCACCAUCAGGUUCAAGCGUAGGAGUGCCCCCAGAACCAACAAAUCUUUACAGUCUCCCACAAGAAAACUCAGCAGUAUCAUUCCAAAGUGUAUCGCAGGGAUCAACGACUGAUUUUGGCUCAAUAAACCUUAAUAACGCCCACACCCAAGCACUGACAAGCUACAACGUGCCUUUAGGUAUUGUGGAUGGUUCUUACACAGCAAGCCAACAAGGAGGGUUAGUUGGAUUAGAUCAUUCGCAUCCACCAGUACACAUCGAUUUAACUGGAGAUUUACUUGGCGGAGGAAAUAACUAUCAGUCUCAAAGCUACUUCCAAAAUUUGCACCAAAGUGGAAUUCCACACGACUGCAGCUUACAUAGCUCGCAACCUCUGCCUUCUCUAUCUUACGGCGUGCCAUCAGCAAAUAGCUAUACGGCUUCACUAUCCUCAUUGACUGCUAAUAUUGGCGGUAGUUAUAACCAAGCUUCAGCCGCAGCCGCAGCUGUAGCACCACAUGCUACAUACGGAGUGCCAGACUUAAACGCAGCGCACAGCAUUAAAACUGAAGUAAGGACUAGUUCUAAUUCUUUACUGGAAAGCGAAGAAGAAAAGGAGGAUGUGCACGGUAAAAACUACGGAAAAUCAGUAGCUCAGAGCUUUGGACCCAACAGCGAAUUAAUACGAUCGCAAAGUCUCGACUUGAACAAUAUCGCAGUGAAAGGAAACUUGGGAAGCUAUACGCUACAAAUUCAGGGUUCAAAUGGAGAGCAACCGCAAGCACCGCACGGUCAAGUACUUAACGACGGACUGCUUCAAUCAAUUUUGGCCGCCAUCGAGCAACCAGGUGCCAAUAGCGACGCAUUCGGUGGCCAGCAGAUAAUUGUUAACCAACCUCAGAGUUACGUGCAAUUCAAUCAGUCGCUAGAUGCGAGACACACAAACACGAAUUUGGAGGUCGAGCCGGAGACAUCGCCUUCAGAUAAAGUCGCUGUAAGCGUAGAGAGCAGCGACAGGGACUCGGGUGUCAGCGAAAGUCAGAACGCGGAAGUCAGAACCGACAAUUUGGGCAUCUUAAAGAGCGACAUUGCGUUGUAUUACAGCAACAAUAACGACAGGUACAAAAAGAAUACGGACGGCGAGGCCACCGUGGGAGAAAAUAAACCGACCGAAGAAAAGACAGACGCUGUCACUACUAACGGACAUUAGUGAAUUUUUGCUCAAGAGACUUACUCAUUUAAAGUGUUAAAUUUGUAAAAAGGACUUUUAAUUUAUUUUUUAUGAAGCGCUUAACUUCCUUGUUAUUUUAAUUUUUCCGUUUCAAAUACUAAUUAUUUAUUUUUAUUUAAUAAAAAUAAUUUAUAAUAAAACGUUGUAAAAAAAUGCAA